UGUUAUUCUAGUCCCUUUACUAACCUACUAGUACUUGGCUUGGUGUCAAGACAGUCCACAGAAGCCAAUUAGAGAAUCAUAUUUCCCCGCCCGGCAGUACCUACCCAACCCCCACAAUUAAUGUGUAACUGAUCUGUUUAAGUCUCUCUCCCCCUCUCUCUCUUAUCAUUGCCCCUACUAUUAUACCUCAUUACUUUCAUAGCUAUCAUAGCCUUAUUUUGACCAUAGAACUUUUCAUUUGUUCGUUGCCGUUGCCGUUGCCGUUACCGUUACCAUCAUUUACCCCAUAUUGCUAUCUAUGCUGGGAUCAAGCGGAGGAAGCAAAAAAGGGUCUAAAUAAAAAGAUUGGCAAUAUCGAAGAUACUCCGUUGGCCAUGGCUAAUGAACAAAUGGAGACGGUUCCUUCACCAGCCCAAGGCGUUGGCCCAUUUUAUAGACCUGAUGGUGAAAAGCCAACGGCGACUGUGUCGAAAGACAUACCCUAUGAAAACGUCCAUGUCUUACCUCAAACGCCCCAGUUAAUUGCGCUUUUGACUAUGAUCAGAGAUAAAAGAACUGCGCGUGCCGAUUUCAUAUUUUAUUCUAACAGGAUCAUCCGUUUAUUGGUCGAAGAGGGCUUAAACCACCUUCCAGUGGUUGAACAAUCGGUUACAACUCCUGUAGGCCGUACCUAUCUCGGGGUCAGGUUUGAAGGGAAAAUAUGUGGCGUAUCUAUUAUGAGAGCAGGUGAGGCAAUGGAGCAGGGUUUGAGAGAUUGCUGUCGAUCCGUUCGUAUUGGGAAAAUCCUGAUACAAAGAGAUGAAGAAACAUGCAAGCCAAAGCUCUUUUACGAGAAGCUCCCUGCUGAUAUUUCCAGUCGGUGGGUUUUGCUCCUUGAUCCAAUGUUCGCAACUGGGGGUUCUGCAACGCUUGCCGUCGAGAUAUUAAAGGCGAAGGGAGUACCGGAGGACCGUAUUCUGUUCCUCAAUCUUAUCGCAAGCCCAACAGGAGUCGCAGAUUUCGCGGAACGGUUUCCUAGGCUUAGGGUUGUAACUGCCUUUAUUGACCAAGGCCUGGAUGAGAAAAAGUACAUCAUACCAGGACUUGGUGAUUUUGGUGAUCGAUAUUACACCCUGUGAUCCAUUUUCUACAAUGUAGUGUAAUCACUACCGCUUAUAGAGUAAUUCACAUUCUCCUUGAAGUGCUUA